AUGACAUUUCUUGCAUUCGAUUCAAGUGAUAUUUAUGAUGAUUGCGACGAUGUUGUGGAGUCGAAAGGUCUGGAAAGUGACAAAAACGAAGGAACAGCUUUGAUCGCUGCCCUUGCAAAGGCCAUUGCUGAAAUUGAUGUGAACUCAUGUGAACCAGUUGCAAGUACUCAAAAUGGCUCGUUCAGUGAAGCUUGUAACAGCAGUCAGAACAGUUCAGGACCACACGAUUCCGGUUUCUACAGCGCAUCCGAUGCAGAAACUACUUCAUCCCUAAAUCAUUCAUUCGGAAGUAGUGAAAGCGCUAAUGUUAGCUCAACGGAUCAAAGUUUGGAUGAAUUGUUGGCGCAGUUAAAUCUCCGUCAAGUCGCGAAAUUCGAGCCCGUUUUCCCGCAAGUGGAAAAUGAUGACAGCGAAGAUGAUGACGCCGACACUGUACACGAAAAAAGAGAGGAACGUGAGGAAAAAAAAGAUACGCAAACGUGUGAGGAGGAGGUCCAACGGCUUUCAAAUGGCAGUGAAAUACGAAGGCGAAAAAUGAGGACAUUUAAUAUGCUGCAAAACAGUAAACAGGUAUAA